GCGUUGGAGAGAGUGUUGAAAAUUAAGUUCGGAGGGUUUACUUUUCGCGUAUUUUGUGUAUUAUCAUCAAAAAAUCGUAGUCAGCCUAAGUCAAAAAAAAUAUGUUUGCGGAUAUUGAGUGUUUUAUUUAUUCUAGACAAAAUAAUAAAAAGGAAACAGUAUAAAUUAUAUAGUAACUGCUAAUAAAGUAAUGAACAGAACUGUGAGACAAACAAAAAAAAAAUAUCAGCUUUUAAAUUUGAUUUGUAAUAAACAAAAAUUCAUAUAAAUAAGUGAAUUUGUGCUAAGAAUAAUUCUAUUAUGUGGUUUAAAAAUUAAAUUAAAAUUAUUUAAAAAAGAAAAGAUUUGGAUUUUUUCCUCAAUAGUUUAUUGCGUUUUUCACGCUGUGUAACAGAUUUCAUUAUCGACAAUGAAUUGCCAAAAAAAUUAAAAUAUAAAAAAAAAUUUAUACAAAAACAUAAAAAAGUGACUUAAUUGUUAAUCGAACAACUUAUAUCAAACGAACGAUUGUGUUCCAGUGCGACUGGCAAAAACUAAAAAUAAAUAAAUAAAAAAAUAUUUACAAAUAUAAAAACAUAUUCGAAAAUUAUAACUGCAUAAAUUUAUUCCGUUACAUAAUCUCUUCGUACUAUCUUCCCGGACUACAUAUCCUAAUUACCUGGAUUCAUUAGCAGAAAUAUAUUUAAAGGUUUAAUCAGAAUUCGUUCGUUAGUGUAGUUCCUAUAUUUUACCAAAAAAUAAAAGUCACUGUCUAUUUACGGCCGGCAAAUAAUAUGAAGAAAGCCUUCAAAUAUCAUAAUUUACGAUACAAUUACAAAGCUGCUCAUUGAAAUUUCCAAUAAUUAUUAUUGUCAAUGCAUUUAUGAAACAAUUUGGUUUUGGUUACGGUUUUUGGCUUCGUUAAAAUCUCAUACACACACAUAUAUACACGCACAUACAUAUAUGUAUAUAUAUAGAAAUAUAAAAAGAGAAUUGGAAAACAACAUAUCAAUUAAAAUUUAUCAAUCAGGAUAUGUCCUUAACCGGUUCCCUCUUGGCUUACGAUAAUAAUAACGGUUCAAUAAUAACAGCAGCAGCGACAUCGGCCACAACGACAACGACAACCAAACCGAAACAAACGAAACGAACUUCCAUAUUGCGGUAUUCUCAAUACGAUAAAACGCCUGUCAGUGGCAGUAAUACUGAAACGCAAUUAAACGGCAGCUUCAUGGGUAAAGCGACUCCUUCUAGUCUUAAUUCGAGUAUAUCGAAUUCAAUUAUAACAAAUGCCAGCAGCAAUCAACAACAACAGCAGCAGCAGCACCACCAACAACAGUCACAACAACAGUCACAGCAACAACAUCAACAACAACAACAACAACAACAGCAGCAACAGCAUCAUCAAAAUUUCCCAAUAACCGCACAUUUGCCGGCCAAACUAAUGAAUUCGAAACGUAAACAUGCCAAAUACAACAACAUGUAUCCGUCACACAUGUAUCCUGAUCAUAAUAAUUACUUACAUUUAAAUUCAUUAUGGUCGAUUUGGUACGGCGUAUUACUGACAUUGUUUCAAGGUUAUCUCGCCGUGCAUGGGGCUUACAGGUUUCUAGGUUGUUCGCUCAUUUCCUGGAAAAUUGAACCAGUAACUGAAUUAAAUCUGCAAAUUGUUUUAUCCGGUGUAGUUUUCAUACUCUUGCCGUUCUUUUUUACCUCAGCUGUAUUCAAGGUGGGCAACUUGGCUAAUGACGGUAUUAAAUUGGCAACCGGAGCUAAAGAGCGACGUUGCUCGAUGAUACCGCAUGAUGGUUUGGAAGAAGAAGCACGUGGUGGUACGUUGCGUGCACUUUGGACGCACGGCGGCCCAACAGCGGCUUUUGUACACAUCCUGAUUGCCAUGUGUUUACUUUUGCCACGUUUACUGUUGGAAGCUCGCAUAAUUGAAAAUGGUCUUUUGCCACAAGAAAGCAUUUGGCAGACUGAGCUGGAUUUUAUGACAGUGAAUCGUCGUAAUUUGGUUGUACUAUCUGUGGUUACGUCGCCUUAUCAGAAUCGUAGUCAUCAAUAUGAAUCGCAAGAGGAGGAAGACUAUUACAAUGACACUAUGUUCACCGAAUUUGCUGGUAGUGGCAUCAGCAGCAGUAGCAGCAGCAGCGGCAGCAGUAGUAGUAGUAGUAGCAGUAGUAACAGCUUUACAAAUGCUGACAACCGUAACGACCAUAGAGGCAGCAUAAAUAAUCAUUUACUAGAUAACGAUUCUAAGCAACAAUAUGAUAAAAAGCACAAAUCAUUGGCAGACUCGUCAGGCAAAACAAGCUUCUUCGAAGUACCGGAUUUAAUUAAUAGUUCAGGCGACAAUAUUGAAGAACAUGACAAGAACAAUAGCAACAACAAUAACAACAGCAACAAAAGUCAUGCCACUAGCACAAACGAGGAGACACAAGAGUUGGUUAAUAAAUGGCUGAAAGAAACUAGAUCAACAACUAUGACAACAGCAACACCAUCGACAUCAUCUUCAAUGGCAACAACAGCAACAACAACAUCAAGAGAAACAACAUUUAGUACCAUAAAUACAUCUGAGAUAGCAAUAUUAACAACGGCAACAGGAGAAAUAAUUGCUAACACAAAUUCCGUAGACUUGAAGGAUAAUGGAAAAAUAAGGCAUAAGUUGAACACCCUAAGCAAAGACAGCAACAAUAGCAGUGAGAACAUAAAAAUGACAGCGGCAGACGACGACAUAAUGACAACAAUAACAAUAAAAGCAGCAACAACGUCAACGGCAACUGCAAAGAUUGAUAAAGAAACAACAACAACAACAACACCUACAACAAUGAAAACAACUACAAUGACGCCUACUUCCACUACAACUAUUAUGGCUGAGACAAGAUUAAUAACCAGCAAUAAACCAACAACAAAAGAAUUUAUUACAACUAAUAACAGCAGUAGUUCUACAAGUAUAACAGCAACAACAUCUACAAUGCUAAAAACUAAUAUAACAGCCUCAACAACCACAAAUUCUCUGGAAAGUCAAACCUCUCAGGCGCAUCAUCAUCAUAAUCAUAAUCAUCAUCAUCAACAUCAACGCAAACACAAUCACCAGCACAAUCAUGAGCACAAUCAUCAUCAUAAUCAUAAUAAUAAUCAUGCGAGUAAAACGCCUCACAAACACGGACAGCAUCGUCAAAGGAAAAUUUCGCCAUCUGGUACAUCGCGUAAACAUCAUCAUCAGCCGUCAACUUUAUCUGUAGGUUACUCGGAUAUAAAAGGUUUCCCCGCGAGAAAUGAAGAAGGUUUGCCUGGGCAGAUGGUACUUUCGAAUAGCAAUGAUAACGUCAUCAAUCAAUUGGCCGAAAAGGAUUUUUCAGGCAAUAGCCUUGGCGGCGGUGUUGUCUUCGAGCAUACUGCUGGCGGUGUAAGAACGACAUCUUUAGAGGAAUUAGAUUUCGGACGAGCACGCGUUGCCAUUUAUCCGAAAUCUUCGACCACAAUUAGCACCACCACACGUGACAGUAAUAUACAUAUUGUUAAACCGGAACGUUUGCCCGAAAUUAUUCCAUCCACACCAGUGUCAAGCAAUUCGAAAAUAAUUGAAAUCAAAGCUAAAACGAAUAAAAAAGUUAAACGGGAAACGGUAGAAAUAGAACCCGAGUACUUAGUAGGCGAGCUAAACUUAAACGAUUCCAGCGAAUACAUUGCUGAAUUGAAUCCUGGCGACUCCACAGCGACUGCAACAACAAUUUUAAUAGGAAAUGUAGUUAACACGGGUCCCUCCUCUACCAAUGGUAAUGAAAUUGUACGUCUAGAUGGCUUCGCUGGUAUGCUGCAAUUAUUCUUUGGCAUUGAAAAACCGAUAGAUGUCGCGGUCUUCAGUCAUCCACCGAGUGCUGAGUUUAUAAAUUUACUUUUUGCUUUAAUGGUAUGGUGCGUACGUUAUCCAGCCGUAUUCUGGACUACAGCGAAAUCAUUUGCCACCAUAUUUAGCGUACAAAUUAUUGCAUCUGCUUCUGAUAUUAUAUUCAGUUUUGUGGGCAUAUCUACGCUAUACAAAUUGCAAAUCUAUAGUGAAGCGUUACCAAUACAAAAUCAUGGACUUGUACUAAACGCCACCGUUACUCUUCUAUUAUUUUUACUAUCCACUUUACUAAUGAUAUCGUCAUCGAUGAUUAUGUACUUGUAUGGUCAUGGACGGUUAGCAGCGAAAAUGCGUGAUCGUUCGUUGAUUACAUUGAAGUCAUCAGACACUUGGAUAUAUUUUGCCCAUUGUGCUUCAUUAUGCUACGUAUUGGCAUUGGCUGUGGUUAAGGCCCCUUUACUAAAUGAUUUGAGUGCCACAUAUCGUCAGAAUUUACAUUGUCCCACCUUUAUGGCAGCUCUCGUUAGUGUUAUGCAUCUUUUACUGUGGAUUGUCAUAUGGUUGGGUUUAUCAGCCAAGCGAAGAUGGAGCUUUAAAUUACCACCAUUAGAUGCUUAUGGUAUUAUAGGGAAGGCCACAACUCAGCCUUUAUUAAUGCAUAAUAGAGGCAGUCUUACGAGUAGUGCACAACAAGGAGGCAAUCUAAAUGCCGCCACUGCUGUAAGCAACGGUUCCACCAUAGCUGGUGGUGGUGGCGGUAGUUUAGAGCAAAAAUCAAACAUUGUUGGCGGUGUCGGUGGCAGCUUAGUUAGUGGAAUUGGUAGCGUUAUGGGUACGGGCAAUCAUCACCUUAGCAAUACAUCAAGCAGUGAUGUGGUCAGCGGAACGCCAGCCGAUGAUAUUUAUUGGCCAAAAUUAACGCCCAGUUCACCAAAAUUGAAAGUAACAUUUAAUGAAGUUCCGAGUACGUCUGACGAUGAUCAACUACUAAUUGGUGACCAUGAACAAAACGAUGGCAAGCGCGAUUCGCCCUGUGGAACCACGGUAUGUUUUACCAGUGCUACGGGGGAAAUUGAUGACGGAGAAUACGCGACAUUAAGAUCUGCAACAGCAGCUACGGUCGUGGGCAUAGCUGUGGGCAGUGGCAGUGGUGUGGCGAAUAAAGGCGGCAUUGGUGCUAUGACGAAAACACACACACCGCCCGUUGGUGGUGUGAAAGUAUUGCAUUUAAGUGAAUUUGACGAGCUGCCACCACCGCCACCACAUAUGAUGUCUUCGAUGACUAUAACUAGCCACACGGCUACUGUAAGCGUUAAUAUCAAUGCUAGUAAUGUUGGUGGUGGUAGUAGCGGUAACAGUACGGUUGAUUAUGUCAAUUGUACUGCUACUAGUGACGAUAAUAUAUCUGAAGAAGGCAAAUUGUUGGCUUGUGUACGAGAUGACAGUGUUACUUAUGCUUCCACACGUGAUUUGGAGCCACCACUUCCGCCACCGCCACCGCCCACACAUAAUCAUCAACAACAGCAAACAGCAAACAAAAGGGCCCCCCAUGCUAUGCCCGAAGUUAUGCAACUUUCUUCAUCCCCCGAGCAUCUAGUCAGUCCUUUAGCACCGGUCACCGUAACUGUACACACAAACGAAGCACAUAUUGCUUCUAGUUCAACACCACGCUGCAUACGACGCGCUGAUUCUGGGGUACCCCAAGAAGCUUUGACACCACGUAGUGAUACAAAUUCAACGGGCACAGAGAGUACAACGUCGCCGCCCGAGCGAGCGCCCUCCGAAUCAUCAAGCGGUGUUCAUUCGGCUGAAGAGCGUGACGUUGAGGUUGUCAUAAGGCCACGUGCUGCUUGCAAGCCUCCCGCUAAACCCCCACAGCCAGCUAUACAAGAAGAGCCAUACGGCCGUUGCACUAAUAUGCGCAUGACCAGCUUCACUAGCAGCAGUAAUACUAAUAGCGCCACUUUGCCAUUGCAGCGCACGGCCCCCGAACAGAAAUUUGAUUAUUCUCAACAUUGCAGCACUAUGCCAUUGCCUACAACUAAUCAGCAUAACUACAAUUAUCAGCAGAAUCAAAAUCAAUCGAACGCCUAUACAACAUCCGCUCAUUCCAUGACUCAGUCGCACCACAAUGCGGGCGGUGGUAAUUUAAGCUCAUUUAAAACUCCACUCUACGCGAAUUCGGGAGUGGCAUUGCAAGGACAUUUCUCAGCUCAACCACCACCUCUGCCCCCGCCGCCGACAGUCACGCACACCGUGCUACCGAAUGGAGCACGUUAUUCAAAUCCCAAUAAUAUAUUGAAACGUUUACCGCACGUCAAAACUGCCGAAUCACCUUACGGUUAUUCGGGCUUGGGGGCCGGCCAUCAUACGUUCGCAAAACCCGGUUACGAAAAUAGCCUCGUUAACACCAGCAUACCAGAAGAUCGAGAUUCAGCGAAUUAUUCCAUGACCUCCGAGCAGGAUUGUUUGUAUGCCACUGCAAGUGCUUUGCAAUAAAAAUUCAAUUCAAUUACAUAUAUAUACUUCGCACAUUGUAAAUGAAUCCUUUAACUAAGUGUCUACAAGAUGAAAAAAACAAAAAAAAAAAGAAGCAAGUAUGUUCCACAAGUUAGUAAACAUUUUUAAGUUUUUUUAUACUCCCUAACUACAUAUAUACUUAAAUACAUCUAUAAAUGUAUUCUAAUGUAUACCAUUAAUAUUAAUAAUUUAAAAAUUUCAAAAAAACAAAAAUCUAAUAACUAAGUUUAAAUUAAAUUUUA